AUGCAGGAUAGCAAGUCAUGGCGUCCAUUGGUUCCCCGACGCCGUCCUGUGGGCGCCCCCGCGGCCCGGCGGGAGGCCCACGUGACUCCUUAUCUUGUGUUGCAGGACAUUUGCCAAGCUUUUUCCUUUCGCGCGUCCUCGUGCCCGGAAGCCCCCGCCGCUCGGCCUGGCACUCACUCUGCGCAGGGAUCAGCAGGCACUCGCGGGGGCUCUCUGGAUGCCAGCGGCGGAUCAGGCGCUGAUUCCCGGGGAUCGGCCGCCGGGGAGCCACAGGCGGCCCAGGGGCCCCGCCAGGCUGACAACAACACGCGGGCUUUGGCCGGGGAUUCCGAAGGGCAGGUGCUCGGGGCGGACGGAGGCCAGGGGGAGCCUCCGCCCGCCCCCUCCCCUCCACGCACACACGCCCACACGCCCACAACACUCGAUUCCGCACCAAGGGGCCACGCUCGUGUUUCGCCCUCGCGGAGUGCGGGCGAAGGCGCACUCCAGGGUCGCCCUCGGACUGAGGAGGGCCGAGACCCGCUUCGUCAGGAAGAUCCCGCCGCGCCGGAGGCGAGGAAUGUUCAGCAAGGGGGGGCGGGCGAGGCAGCCUCCCCUGCCUCCUCUUCCACGGUACAGUCCUCUACCAGCAGUAGGCUUGCGGUUCCGCCGGCCAGGCAGCGCGGCGGCUCUCGUGUCGGGUUGCAUGAAAUCUCGGAGCAGGAGACGCGCCUGCUGGACCUGCUGAGCUUCAUGCCGGGCGCCCUCGGGCCCCGCCCAAGCGGGCUCUCUGACUCCCCGUUGCGCUCUGACCUCCCAACAGCCUCCACAAACGCUUCAGACGUAGACUCGGCUCUCUCUGCUUCAACUCUUACUAGUUCUCCUUCUGCUGCAUUCUCAACAUCUCCCGACUUUCGCCCCACAACACAAGCCAUAACACUUCGCGAACAGACGCCAGAGGCCACCUCCUCCAGUCUCCAGACGCGGACACCAAGGGCUGAGCCUGCAGGAGCCACAAAUGGAGGCGCGGCUGCUAGCGCAACCCCCCCUGGAAGCACCGCCUCGACUUCAGCGCGUCCGCUUCGAGUAAAGGUCCCCCUUCGCUUCAGAGGCGCAUUUCGCCGGCGAUUCCCGGGUAGGGGUGCUCGGCGCCCGGACACGGAAGCGGGCGGCGGUCAGCAGACCAGACGGCGACGGCCGCUUCGCAGGCGAAGACCAAGGCCAGGGCAGAAUACGACACAUGGAGGCAGAAGAUGGCCUGCGAGGAGACCCAUCCUCAGAAUACCCGGGACGACAGACGAGGCAAGCUCAGCUGGCGAAGAGAAAGGGACUUUGGACAGAAAUGGAAGUCAUCCAGCGUUAACAAACACCCGCCUUGGACGGCGAAGAAGAAUCAAGUAUAAUAAUAGCACAGGACAAAUUCCAGGACGGAGGCGGAGACCGGUCUAUAGGAGGCCGAGGAUCCGUCGGCCAGGUGAGGCACGGCGACCUGGUGGGCCCAGACGACCAGGUGGAGCAAGAAGUCGUUUGCCUGGUCAGAGGGAAUCCCAUGGGCCACGCAAACUACCGGGUGCCGUCUGGUCUGGGACUGUGCUUGAGGAAGAUACAGGCCAAGAUCAGUCCACCCAGAAAGGUCAAACUCCUGAACAAGUGACUACGGAAACAUCAGAUCAUUCUACCAGUGUCACGAGCCUCAAGGGAGUGACAAAUCGAACACCAGGACGGACGCAUAUUUCAGAUACUACUACUGAGGGAAUUUCGCAUACUAUUACCUCUACAGGAAUAACAGAUAUCUCCACUCCACGCAUCAUUACUUCUACAAAAACAACCCAGACUACGCAGACAAUGACCAAUGAAGGAACAACCCCUCAGACAGAAGUUAUUGCCUCAGAGGAAAUUACGAAAGUCGAUACUUCCUUUGCAAUGACAACAACAUCUGCAGGAACAGCGAGAACCUCUACUUUUGGGGGAACGACGCAAGCUACCAGUUCUGAAGGUACGACACAAACCAUCAGUGAGGGAACAAUGCAAACUGUCCCUGAAGUAACAACGAGUGUUUCUAGAGAGGUAACAAAGCAAGCCACCUUUGGGGGUAUAACACACACAACUACAUCUGAGGGAACAAUAGCAAAUACUAUAUCUGCAGAAACAAUUACCCCUGGAGGAACAACUCAGACUACUGUGUCUGAUGGAACGACGCGAACCACUGUGUCUGAAGGAACAACAGAAACGUCUACAUCUGAAAGAACAACACAAACUACAGUUUCUGAAGAGGUGACACAGACUAACACCCCCAAAGGAACGGCACCAAACGAUUUUUCUGAAAGGACGACACAACCUUCCACCCCUAUAGAAACCACACAGAGCUCAGUAUAUACCUGGCCAACAAAGACUACCAGGUUUGAAACAACAGUCCAAAUAGAAGGGUCGCCAGAGACUUCCACCUCAACCCAGUCCUCCUCUUCUGGAGGGACAACACAAACCACUCCUUCAGCAGGCCGUACAGUCCCCACAGGCAGAGGAUGGUCUGGAGGAUUACGUUCCCUCUCAAGAUAACAGAGAAAGUUCUGCCAAGAGGCCCACUUCAGAAAAACCUCACACUUCACAAGCAAGUGGCACCGACCCGAUCGAUGACUAUUAUUACGACGCGACAAAGAAUGAUUACGAGGAUUACCCUGAUGAAUACGACUACGUGGACGCAGUGGAGGAGGACCUUGAGCUACCACCAGAAGUCUUCAACUGGUGGCUACGUCACCGCAUCCUGGAGGAGGUAGCUGAGGCUGUGAUUCCUGCCCCCACGCCCAUCCCGUACGUGGUCCAGCUUCGGCGGACACACGAGGCCAAGUCCUACACGAGGAGGAAUUUCACCCCCGUCGUCAUGGACAUUUUUGACGCAGACAUUUUCUUCCCCGCCGCAAAGCCGGAUUCCUACAGUGACAUAGAGGACACAGGAUACCAUCUCACCAAGGUCGAGCAGGAUGCACGGAAGGGUGGAGGAGAGGGACCUUCCACGGGAGAAGAGAGAAGCUCGACUGCAGGACCUGCCGGAAGGACAGCAGUGGUGUACACGCCCUCGCUCAGGGGUACCACACGCUAUGACGUCAGAACUAGCCCUACUUCAGCGAGAGAUGACGUCACAACUAGCACCACUUUAAAAACAGAUGGCGUCACUACUAGCACCGUCUCAAAGGCGGAUAACGUCAAUUCAGAAGCAGAUGACGUCACAGCUAGCUCCACUGCAAACAUAGAUGACGGCACAACUAGCACCACUGCAAAAGCAGACGACGUCACAAUUAGCACCACUUCAAAAACAGAUGACGUCACGACUAGCACCACUUCAAGAGCAGGUGACGUCACAACUAGCACCACUUCAGAAGCAGAUGACGUCACAACUAGCACCACUUCGAGAGCAGAUGACUUCACAACUAGCACCACUUCGAGAGCAGGUGACGUCACAACUAGCACCACUUCGAGAGCAGAUGACGUCACAACUAGCACCACUUCCAGAGCAGAUGACGUCACAACUAGCACCACUUCCAGAGCAGAUGACGUCACAACUAGCACCACUUCCAGAGCAGGUGACGUCACAACUAGCACUACUUCAAGAGCAGGUGACGUCACAACUAGCACCACUUCAAGAGCAGAUGACGUCACAACUAGCACCACUUCAGAAGCAGAUGACGUCACAACUAGCACCACUUCAGAAACAGAUGACGUCACAACUAGCACCACUUCAGAAACAGAUGACGUCACAACUAGCCCCGCCUCGAAGGAAGGCUCGGGCAACAAAACCGCGACCGUCAUAGACCCUUUCGACGACUCAGACUACAUAGAAGUGUCGUUUAUCGGGUCGUCCGCAUCGCCUGGUUGCCGCACACACGUGGCUGGGGUCGUGCUGGUCGCCUUCACUAUUCUUCUAGAACAUUUCCACGACGUCGGGGAUGAAUGAGGAAUGA